GAGGAGCAUUGAGAAGUUUGGGGACAACGCCGAGAUGAAAAUGAAAAUAAAAAAUAGCUCAAGGUCCAGUUGACUUGACGGUAACUGAAGCCGCUCUGAAAUCAGAGCUAGCUGUUUCAAACGGUCUUUUCUUCCGUUUUUAUCUCUCCGGCGAUACGCGUUUCGUUUUUCUUUAUUACUUCUUCCGACUGACGUCUUGACGCCGUCAAAUCUCUUUCUCCUCCCGAUCUUUUUUUUUUCUCCUCCUCCGGGAGAAAAUCUAGGUCCCAACGAUGUCAUUAAAAAUCUAGAAAUUUCUAAAAAUUCAUAUACAUCUAUCUAUACUUGUGUAAAAUCACACACACACACACACAGAGUUGCAGAGUAGAUGGAUCGGCGGAGGACGGGAAGUCCGGUGUACGCUCGGCAGUGGAGUGGAGGAUCAAGCAGCACGGGUUCAUCUUCGCCGGCGGGAUCUCCGGCUCAUCCCCGUGCUCGGUUGCCUCCUACGGUGACAGGCAUGUCUACUAUAAAGAGGACUCAGAAUGUCGCCGCCAAAGCUGCUGCUCAGCGUUUGGCACAAGUCAUGGCUUCUUCUCAGCCGCCUCCUGAUGACGACGAGGAUGAUGAUGAUCUAGGGUUUCGGCGUCCUACAGCUGCUUUAUCCACUAACGACCGUAGGAGUAAUAGCAACAACAGGAGCAGUGGUUUGGCAGCUAUUUCACUAGCCAAGCCUAAUAGAUCUCCUUCCCCCGCGUUAGGUCGGAACUUUAUGGAUCACACUCCUUCUGUUCGUUCAUCGUCAACUGGAAGAGCCUCGAUGUCUGUUCGUACGUCAGUAGCAACAACAACAACCGGAGCAAUAGUGCCGCCAAGUAGGUCAUCAUUGAGAACUCCAGUUUCCAUACCGCCAGUAGAACCUCCUAGUAGUCGCUUGAGAGAGAAAAGGUUCACACCAGAAUUAGGACGCAUUGAUUUGAAGGGUUCAGGAAAUGAGCACGAGGCUUCUGCGCUUCGUGAUGAGCUUGAUAUGCUUCAAGAAGAAAACGAUGUUAUUUUAGAUAAGCUACGUCAUACAGAAGAACAACGCGAAGAAGCUGAAGCUAGGGUUCGUUUGUUGGAGAAACAGGUUGCUUCUCUUGGAGAAGGACUAUCACUUGAAGCCAAAUUAUUAAGCAGGAAGCAAGAAGCACUUCGCCAGAGAGAGGCUGCUCUUAAAGCUGCACAGCAAACUAAGGAUGGAAGAGAUGAAGAAAUUACAAUACUUCGUACUGAAAUUGAAAACUUGAAGGACGACACUGCGAAUGCAAUGGAACAACUUCAGGAAGCUGAAUCUGAAGCAAAAGCUCUUCGAACAAUGACACAGAGAAUGAUUUUGACCCAUGAAGAGAUGGAGGAGGUGGUUCUAAAGAGAUGUUGGCUAUCUCGAUAUUGGGGCCUAGCUGUACACUAUGGUAUCUGUGCAGAUAUAGCAGGGGCAAAGCAUGAGCAUUGGUCAUCUUUUGCACCUCUUCCAUUUGAAGUUGUGAUUUCUGCUGGGCAGAAGGCCAGGGAGGAAUCCUGGAGUGGUGGCGAUGAUUCUGAUCGGAGCAAACGUGUUCGCGACAUUAGUGACUUAUCUGGAGAGGGAAAUAUUGAGAGUAUGCUGUCAGUUGAAAUGGCUCUAAGAGAAUUAGCUUCCCUGAAGGUUGAGGAUGCUGUUAUUCUUGCAUUGGCACAGCCUCGGCGCUCAAAUGUCGUCCGUCAAUCCUCUGAUCCUAAAUCAUCUGUUGACCCCAAGUUGAUGGAUGCAUAUGAGUUGAGCCAAGAGGAGUCAGAAGAUGUUCUUUUCAAGGAGGCUUGGCUUACAUACUUCUGGAGGAGAGCAAAAGUGCAUUGUGUAGAAGAAGAUAUUGCAGAAGAGAGGCUUCAGUUCUGGAUUAGCCGUAGUGGGCAAACACCAACCACUCAUGAUGCUGUUGAUGUGGAAAGAGGUUUAAUAGAAUUGAGGAAGCUGGGGAUUGAACAGCAGCUGUGGGAAGCUUCUCGUAAAGAAAUUGACCAACCUUCGGUUACUAAUGGCAAAAUGACUGCGGAGUCAGAGGCAUCUCCAUGAUGGACAAUGUAGUUGUUUGAUAUCUAUUCUUUUAGGGAUUGUACCCUUUUUUUUUCUUUUUCAGUUUACAGUUCUGAUAGAUAUUAUUUCUUCCUCAUCCUUUGAUUUAUUCUUUCGGUUUGUUUUCCUGGAAUUUUGAAAUGGUAGAGCUUGAGGAUCUGAGAACAGAUAAAUUGUAAUUAGUUGUUUGUAUAAGUGAUAUCGUCUGUAUAUUUGAGCUGUGA